AUGCUAGCUUAUCCGGUGGUGGAGUAUUUUGUCAAAACGAAUUGGAAGAAGUUUGGUUUACAAAAAGUAAUGAUGAACGCUAAUGACUUCUUCUUCUUUAAGUUCACAGAUAAAGCUGGUAUGCAUAAUGCUCUUGAUGGAGGGCCUUGGUUUAUCCGUGGUAUACCCCUGUUUCUGAAACUAUGGUCGCCUACGGUUAAGUUACAAAAGCAGGAAUUAAAAGAAGUAGCUGUUUGGAUCAAAAUUCAUAAUGUCCCCAUUCCGUCAUAUUCUGAUGAUGGUCUAAGCUUGCUUGCAUCGAAAUUAGGUACUCCUAAAAUGCUUGAUGCCUAUACUAGCUCGAUGUGUACUGAUGCUUGGGGACGAAUUAGUUAUGCUGGAGCCUUAAUUAAAAUUUCUGCGAAGUCUGAAUAUAAGAAUGAAUUAUCUAUAGCCAUUCCAGAAAUGAAUGGGGCUGGUUAUACCAAAGAACUUAUGAAGGUGGAGUAUGAGUGGAAGCCUCCGAGGUGUUCACACUGUUGUGUAUUUGGACAUUUAACUGAUCAAUGCCCUAAAUGUGUAAAAGCGCCUGCUUCGAAAAAGGAAGCGCUUAUUGAUGAAGAUGGGUUCCAAAUGGUAAAAAAUAAAGGUAAAUCAAAGGAGGUCUUUCACCCAAGGAAACCAAAGCAUAAGCUUGUCUAUGUUCCGGUUAGCAAGACAAAAGAGACGAUAGAUACAACAGGUACAUCCAAGGCCAUGGUUAAUACCAAGAAUUCUUAUGAGCUAUUGAAUGAAUAUGGGGAGGAAUCUAAACCAUUGUUUCAGCCUAUCACGGAUAUCAGUCAAUGUGGGAAACUACUGGAGUCACUAAAAGGUGUUGUUGAAGACGAGUUUGAUGCUGAUGUUGAUGAGUAUAUUGAAAUUCAUGAUGAGACAACUGCGUUUAUGUCUAGCGGUACUACUCCAUUGAGUCAUUCUGAGGGGGCAAGCACUCCUGUUACACAGGGGUCCAAUGGGUAG